AUGCCAAAGAAAACGUGUUCCCUGCGGACUUUACAAGUACGGCUCCGGGGACUAAAAACGACCUUCAACAACCUGUACGUGUUUAUGGAGAAAUUUACCCCCGAUACGAAGCAGUCGGAACUCGCCGUACGACUAAACAAGCUGGACAGCCUUUGGGACAACAUCAACGAAGCCUUCAACGAGAUCGAAUCGCAUGAAGAAUCACCCGACGAUCCAGAAGCCUUCGUGAAAGAUCGGAUCGAAUUUGAAAACCGAUUUUAUACCUUAAAAUCAUUUCUACAAGAUAAAAUCGUGCCUGCUCAAGAUAGUCUCUCCGCUUCCGCCGAAUUGAAUCAGUCCAUACGCCCCACCGAUAGUGCAACCCCUAGUAAUGCCAGCCACGUAAGAUUACCCCAGAUUACGCUUCCCAAGUUUAGCGGCAAGCUAGACGAGUGGCUCACUUUCCGUGAUUUGUAUACUUCAUUGAUCCACUGGCAAGUGGAUCUCCCUGCAGUUGAAAAAUUCCACUACCUUCGCAGUCAACUGGAGGGUGAAGCCUUAGCCGUAAUUGAUACACUACCCUUAACAGCGGCUAACUAUACCGUCGCAUGGGAACUCCUAACCAAACGGUACACCAACUCUAAGUUUCUUCGCAAGCGUCAAGUACAGGCACUUUUCGAGCUGCCAACGGUUAAAAGGGAAUCAUCAGCAGAGCUUCAUUCUCUUUUAGACUCAUUCGAGAAAAUCGUAAAGUCUUUAGAUCAAGUUACUCCGGAAAAGGCCGAUUAUAAAGAUAUGUUGCUGAUCUAUGUACUUAGCACUCGUUUGGACAGUUCCACCAGAAGAAGUUGGGAGGAACACUCUUCUAAUCGGGACAUGGAUACUCUAAAAGAGUUAACGGAAUUUUUACAGCGUCGUAUACAAAUUUUAGAAUCACUUCCCAAUAAGGCCUCGGAACAGAAACCGGACCCGGUGCAGAGCAAGCUGCCGAAAAGGAUCACCCCGAUUAAAUCCUGCAAUGCUACAUUUCAGUCUCCAGUAUCCAGUAAAUGCGUAGCGUGUCCAGAAUCCCACCUACUAUAUCAAUGCCCGCAGUUCCUGAAAAUGUCAGUGACGGAAAGAGAUGCCAUUCUACGAACAAACUCAUUAUGCCGAAAUUGCUUUCGACGCGGCCACCAAGCAAAAGAAUGUGCGUCAAGGUUCUCUUGCCGUCAGUGUAGAGGAAAGCACCACACACUCGUUUGUUUCAAGGGAAAACCAUCCGAAUCUAAAUCGAACGACAAACCUGAACCCAUCUCUCCAUCAUCAGAGUCGAAGGGAGACUCGAUAAAUUCCAAGUCGGUUAAUUUGGCAACCACCAGUUCGGUAAAAUGUAAUACAACCACAGCUUCUACAACAGGCGUACUUCUUCUUACAGCAGUCGUCGUAUUGAAGGAUGAAAGCGGUCGCAAGAUUCAUGCGAGAGCAUUGUUGGACAGCGCAGCAGAAUGCAACUUGAUGAGCAGACGGAUGAGGAAUAUGUUGCAGGUUAAGGAGAGACGCAGUUCGGUAGAGGUCGUUGGCAUCCAAGGAGUAGCAUCCAAGGUUCAAGGUAAAAUUACAGUCCUCGUACAGUCCCGAGUGACGGACUACAGCCAAUCCAUGGAAAUUUAUGUCUUACCAAAAAUAUCAGCCCACGUGUCUUCAGCGGUGAUUGACACUAGCAACUGGAAUAUACCGAAGGGGGUUCAAUUGGCGGACCCAAACCUGUUUAAGGGAGAAAGGAUCGAUUUGCUACUAGGAGCCGAGUCAUUUUUCGAAUUCUUUACAUCUGGUUGUCGCAUUCGUUUAGGUGAAAAUUUACCAUUAUUAAUUGACUCCGUCUUCGGAUGGGUCCUAACAGGCAGAUACUCGGUAAACGGUUCGAUCCAAUCUGUUUUAUGUGAUGCCGCUACCCAUGUGUCUAUAUCCAGUCGGUUAGAUGACUUGCUGGAACGGUUUUGGAAAAGCGAGGAGGUUGGUUUGGAAAAUAAUUACUCGCCUCAGGAAGCCAAAUGUGAGGACCACUUUACUCGUACCACAAAGCGAUCUGCAUCUGGACGGUAUGAGGUAUCAUUACCUAAGAACGAAGAAAUCAUCGCAGAAUUAGGUAGUUCGAGAUCGAUUGCAGAGAGAAGAUAUUACCAGAUAGAGCGACGGUUGGCUCGCGAUGAAAACCUACGUGAGCAAUAUUGCAAUUUUAUGAGGGAGUAUCAAGCUUUGGGGCACAUGCGCUUGGUUUCAGAGACGACAGGGGAAGGCAACCGGUGCUACCUCCCACACCAUCCAGUCGUGAAGGAAGAAAGCACGACGACAAAGCUAAGGGUCGUCUUCGACGCAUCUGCUCGAACAACGUCAGGAUUUUCCCUAAACGAUGGAUUGCUUGCUGGUCCUGUGAUUCAGAAUGAUUUGCGUGCUAUAAUACUGCGAAGCCGCACCCGUCAGAUCAUGCUAGUAGCUGACAUAGAAAAGAUGUUUAGGCAGAUCGACAUCUGUCCCGAGGAUCGUUGCCUGCAGUCAAUACUCUGGAGGUCAAACCCACAUCAACCGUUAGCCACAUAUGAGUUAUCCACCGUAACAUACGGUACCAAACCUGCACCGUUCCUAGCAACCAGAACGCUAAUACAACUUGCAACAGAUGAAGCCGAACGGUUUUCCUUGGCCGCCAAGGCAGUGAAAGAAGAUUUUUAUAUGGAUGAUGCCAUCACGGGAGCUGAUGACCCAACCACUGCUAAGGAGCUUCGGAUUCAACUACAAGAAUUGAUGCAGAGCGGAGGGUUCGUUCUGAGAAAAUUUGCGUCGAAUUGUGAAGCAGUAUUGGAAGAUUUGCCUGCCGAAAAUCGGUCAGUUUAUUCAACUGAUGGUAUUCAUCUGGACCCCAAUUCGACAGUUAAAACGUUAGGUUUAGUGUGGAUGCCUAACACGGAUGUAUUUCGGUUUAAAUUUCGAAUCCAAUCUAUCACAAGCGAUACGGUUCUGACCAAAAAAAGGAUUCUUUCCGAAAUCGCUUCUCUCUUUGAUCCCUUAGGACUAAUCGGAGCGGUGAUUACCAAGGCCAAGAUUUUUAUGCAGUCUCUUUGGUGUUUGCGAGACGAAGACAACAAAGCAUUGGCAUGGGAUGCCAAGCUUCCAAGCAACUUGGAAAACGAAUGGUUAAGUUUUCACCAACAACUUCCUGCCCUCAACGAUCUACGCAUCGAACGGUUGGCCACUUUACCGAACCCAAUUAGUGUUCAGUUACAUUUAUUUUCAGACGCAUCGGAGAAGGCUUUUGGCGUAUGCGCCUAUCUACGAACUGAGGACGCCAGAGGGGAGGUCAAAAUCACAUUGCUAUCUUCGAAAUCAAAGGUUGCACCUUUAAAAACCCAAUCUAUUCCUAGGCUGGAAUUAUGCGGAGCACUACUCGCUACGGAUUUAUAUACCAAAAUCAAAACAGCUAUUCAUUUCACAGGAGAUACCUAUUUUUGGGUGGAUUCUGCUAUCGUUUUAUACUGGUUGCGAGCACCACCGGCGACAUGGACAACGUUUGUUUCCAAUCGCGUUUCAAAAAUUCAAAUAGCAACGGAAAACUGCCAUUGGGCACAUGUACCUGGAGAACAAAACCCAGCUGAUUUAAUCUCGCGGGGAAUCUGGCCAGAAGAGAUAAUCAACAACCAGGUUUGGUGGAAGGGACCUGAUUGGCUUCAAUCGACACCAGAUAACUGGCCUAAACUAUUACCACCUACUUCGGAGGGAUUAACAGAAGAGCGGAGGCGUGUGGCAUGCGUGGCAGCUGCACCAGAACAACCAGAUUUCUUUACUUUAUUAGUCUCACGAUUGUCCAAUUACACCGAUCUGAUUCGCACAACAGCCUAUUGUUUGCGAUUCAUACACAAUAUGAAGGCAAACCUUGGACAUCGACGAUCAACGGAUUACCUCAUGACUGAGGAAUUGCAGCAGGCAGAAGUAUUAAUUCUAUGCAGAGUACAACGAGAAGCCUUUCCAUCGGAGGUCAAUGCACUAACAAGGAAAGAAGGUGUCUCGCGAUCAUCACCCCUACGUUGGUAUAAUGCGUUUAUUGCUAACAACGGUCUGCUACGGGUAGGCGGAAGGAUAAGUCAGUCUUCACAAUCCGAAGACAUGAUCCAUCCAAUCGUACUCCCUUCUCGUCACACAGUUACCAAACAACUAAUGCGCUAUUAUCAUCAUCGUUUGCUGCACGCUGGACCACAAUUGAUGCUCAGUACUAUUCGUCUUCGCUAUUGGCCCCUGGGGGGACGAAAUUUAGCAAGGGAAAUUUAUCAUCAAUGUGUGCGUUGCUACCGCACGAAACCAAGGGCGGUUCGCCAGUUUAUGGCUGAUCUUCCUGUACCUAGGGUGACACUGACAAGGCCAUUUGCGACGACAGGCGUGGACUAUUUCGGGCCUAUAUAUGUGCGGACGGGCUAUCGGAUGCGAGCAACUAAGGCAUACGUUUCGGUCUUCGUUUGCUUUUCGACCAAAGCGGUGCAUUUGGAACUGGUCAGCGAUUUGUCAACAUCGCGUUUCUUACAGGCGUUGCGGAGGUUCGUGUCGCGUCGAGGAGUAUGCGGGAAAAUCUACUCUGAUAACGGCACAAAUUUUGUGGGUGCCAAGAAUCAAAUGGCGGAACUUCUACAGAGAUUGAAGAGCAAGGAGCAUCACGAGGCGUCAGCGAGGGAAUGCGCAGAAAACGGUACGGCAUGGCAGUUCAUACCACCCGGCGGGCCUCACUUCGGGGGCUUGUGGGAAGCCGCGGUACGGUCAGCAAAGGUACAUCUACUUCGCGUACUGGGAGACACGGUGGUUUCCUAUGAAGACAUGACGACGCUCCUGGUACAAGUGGAAGGUUGCCUAAAUUCGAGGCCCCUUACGCCUCUUUCCGAGGAUCCAGGCGACUUGCAGGCUUUAACCCCUGGACAUUUUUUAGUGGGCUCAGCUCUAAAGGCCUUACCGGAAGAGGAUUUAUCGGAGGUAUCGGAGAAGGGACUCCGGAACCAAUGGGAGAUUACACAACACCGAUACCAACACUUUUGGAAUAGAUGGAGACAGGAAUAUUUAACCCAGCUUCAGGCACGAACCAAGUGGUGGCAGCCACCUGUUGACGUCAACGUGGGUAGUCUAGUUGUCAUCCGAGAAGAUAAGAUCCCGCCAAUGCAGUGGAGAAUGGGACGCAUAACGGCAACACAUCCCGGCCCAGAUGGCAUCGUAAGGGUGGUUACUCUGCGGACGACGAAUGGUGUCAUCAAGCGACCGGUUUCUAAAAUUUGCAUUUUGCCCAUACCCAUCAUUGCUGAGACAACAGUAGGAGACAAGGAUGACUGA